GACGUCAUUUCGAUGGAGCUUUGUUGACAGAAUAGAAUUACAGAACCUCAAUUUGUGCUGCUGAAAAAAGUGAAACGAAAUUACACACAUACUCCGACUCCCUCAAUUGAUCAUAGAAACAUGCGUGACAAGCGAAAGAGAAAUCACUCAAAAACAGCGGGCUGUUCGGAGUUCAAGAAAAUCAUAGGCCAUCGAACAAGAGGCGAAAGGACGUAUUACAAGGUGCAAUGGGAAGGGCAACAAUUGCACACAUGGGAAUUGGAAAAAAACCUGGAUGCUGACAAAGUUGCCGAAUACAAACGAAAAACAGCUUCUGGUGAACAAUCUCCUCCAGAAACGAAAGAAAAACCGAGGAUUGGCUUUCAACGUGGUCUGGAGCCGAAACGCAUUGUUGGUAUGUACGAAGUGGGUGAGACCAAUGCACUUAGGUCUUUAUAUAAUAAAUAUUUCUAUGGGUCAGCGAACAUAGCGCUUAGAAUUGUAAAAUGA